GGGCGCGCGGGCGAGCGUCGACGAGGGCGGAGAUCCAGUCGUGGACUUCGAACCUCUGAGGGUCGCUGGCGAGCAGAUAGAGACGCCGUUCGGCGCCCGCAAGAAGCGUCACAACAUCACUUAUACCGAUCUCUCCACACUCGCUGAGCGCAGCGUGGCCGCUGAAUCUACGGCCCCGGACAGUCGCUCGACGAUUCGCGUCGACGUCAAGCUCGACCCUUUCGACGCGAGGAUCAAGUUCCCGACGUCGAUGCGCAGUGGCCUGGACGCGCACAACUUGCCGACCAUGAGCGCGAAGAAGCGCGACCGCUUCAGUGCUGGGCUGACCGAGUUGGACAAUUAUGAGUUCAUCCUCGCGCAGUCCCUGACGGAAGGCGCAAUUGACAAGAUGAAGUUCGCUGAGACGCGACUCGCGCACCGCUUGCCAGUGGGCAGGGCGUUGCGCUUCAUCGUCGCCCUCGCUUUCGCGGGGGAUGUCGGCGCGGGGGGCGCGGUCGUUCGCCCGGUCUGGGACGCGCGCGGAUGCGCUGCCGCCGAGUGCAAUACUGAGCUCAUCGUUGCCCAUGCAUCUCUACCCAGCCACGACGCGGGCGGCGCCCGUAAUUCUUUCGAGGAG